AUGGCAAAGAAGAGAAACAACGUAGGGAAUGUGACAGUAAUUGUUGUUGGUUCACAUUCAUUUGAUAGUUUUUAUUAUCAUCAUUUAGUUAUUGUUGGUUCACGAAUGAAGAGUGUUUGGUAUAAAGUGGAACGGGUCAAGGUCGCCGCCUAUGUUUUAUACAAUUCCGUUCAUCGUCGUAACGAUUCAAUUAAGGAAGAUUGCGGCGACGUAUCGUUACUGCAAUCAAUAACGAUGGAUGACUUUCUUAUGUCAGUUGUAAAUGUGUAUGCAACAUCUGCAACGACAGAGAAUCUGUCUCGACAUGAGAUGCUCAUGUGGGUAAACGAUUGCUUGCAGUCAAAUUUUGCAAAGAUUGAAGAAAUGCAUACGGGUGCAGCUUACUGUCAAUUCACAGAUUUCCUGUUUCCUGGUUCAAUACAGCUACGGCGGGUGAAAUGGAACAGCAGAUUAGAAUUGGAUUGGUUAAGUAACUGGAAGUUGCUACAAACAUCAUGGAAAACAUUAGGUGUCGAUAAAAUUGUUCCUGUGGAGAAGCUUAUCAAAGGAAAAUUUCAGGACAAUUUCGAGUUCUUGCAAUGGUUUAAGAAAUUUUUCGACGCAAAUUUUGAUGGACACGAAUAUGACCCACUGGAAGCUCGGGGUGGUGAACCAUUACCAUCUGAUGUAAAAGGAAAUCCACCUUCACGAAUGCCUGCGAGGUCCUCAGCUCCACCUGUCAAGUUAGUUUUUAUGGGUGAAGUACGAAGAGCACCAGCCGUUGGAGGGAAAACUAAUCCAACUCGAACAACUGCUGCACUGCCUGCUGCGGUUACCACUGUGCGAGCUACACAUCCCGCACAACCCACAGUAGAUCCGCAGAUAGUGGUGAAUUUAAAGCGCGAAUUGGAAGAAGCCAAAGAACAGAUAGCUGAAGGCGAUAAUGUCAUAGUCAGUCUUGAAAAGGAACGUGACUUUUAUUUCUCGAAACUACGGCAGAUUGAAGUAAUAUGCCAAGAUAAUGAACAAAUCGGAACUGUUGAUGUAGCUCGUGUGCUUGCGAUAUUGUAUGAAACGGAAGAAGGAUUUGCGCCGCCGGACGAGAACGAGGUGGAAAACGGAGAUGAAGUUUAUUGA